CUGGGUUGCAAAACAAAUCAGUGUUUCAUGUGCUUUUGCAGUAGAAAGAGAGGUCUGUGCUGCGGGGAGGCUUCGAGUGUGGAACAAUUAUAGAUCUCUGGGUUAUUCUGAGCGGAGCUCCCCUUGUGUUCACUCAGGCUGCUGGUUCGAGCACAGCAAGACAUCUGCUGACCGGGGAACAGGUUUCAGGCUCUCUGGAUUCACAGCAUCAGACAUGAGUAAGUGUCACAGUGAGCUGACGCAGCAGGAGCAGGAACUGUUGAAAAUCCGCCGGGACAGUGACACAAAGGCGACUGAGCUCGCCAAGAUGGAGAAAAUGCUGCAGCAGACCAAGAGCCUGAUGGAUAAGAAGACUGAGUCUGGUUCAGACAGUAUGGGCUUCCAGGAGAAUUUAGUGGAGGACCUGGAGGAAAAGGUGAGGUCCAGCAGGCGCUACAGGAGAAACUCUCUUCACCACACGCAGAUGCUGGAGAGCCAGAUGAAAACGGUGAAGGGAGAGCUGGUGGGCACUCUGGACCACCUGCAGGAGCUGAGGAACGUCCUGAGGCGUUCGCAGCAGAAAGCAGAAGAACGUAAAGCUGCAAUGGAGAAGCUAGCAGCAGGGCUCAGAUGAACCGCCUUCAACACACCUAAUGCCUGCAAGUCCACAGAAGUGUGACAGAAGACCCCCCCCCCCAGCCUCUGAGCAAGAAAACAACCUUCUACUUUGGGAUUUUUGAUGACUACAAGCAAAAAUGUUGCAGAUUCUCCAGCAUGUCUUCAUGCAUAUGAGCUUUUUUUUGAGUAUCUUAAAUAUUGUUCAAAGGUAAUUGCUGGAUUGUGUCAGAAACACAAUAAAUUUGGACAAAUGUUGGAACUUUCAGCUGUGGAGAACUGUGAGCUCUGUGAUAAAGAUCUGUGGAUUCUGGUUAUGAAACACCAUCGUAAACCGCGUUGUGACUGCGUGUGAACGCUCAGGAAUAUUUCUUCAAUUAUUUUGGUUUGAUGCGUUUAUAAGAGUAGUUUUAUCUGUAAUGGCAACACGUCAGAAAUAUUAAAACUGGGAGUUUAUAGAGAGACAGAAAAGGUAUUGUGUAUUUGGCUAAAAACAAAGUCUGAAAGGUUGAAGGAAAUUUUUUUUUUCCUUUUUUCAAAGAAGUUUAGGUUGUUGUCAAAACAAAAUAAUUAAAUAAUAAUUUCCUCAGGUAAUUUUCACAUUGUUGGAUCAAUAAAGUGCUAUUCUUUUCUAUCCUAUUCUAUUCUAUUCUAUUCUAAAAUGCAACAGUAUUGAAUAAGUAUUGAAUUUUUUUAACUAUUUAAUAAAAAAGAUAAAUCAAUGGAAACCUAAACUGCCUCUAAAAGCCAGUAAAAAAGUGGGUUUUAAUUGUAGACUAAAAAUUCAGAAGAGUUGGAUCAACUCUAACAAUGAGAGGGAGAUCUUUCCAUAAUGCGGGAGCAGGAAUUUAAAAAGUUCCAUCACCUCAGGAUUCAAGUCUGGAGGUCGGAAACUUCAAAAGAAGCCAAUUUCCCCGGAGCACAUAGAUGCAAAAACGGAUAAAUAUAAUAGAGCUAAAACCACCUAGAGCUUUGAAAACAACUGAUAACAUCUUGAAUUGAAUCUAAACUAACUGGUCCCAGCUCUCUUCAGGUCAUGGAUCAGUUCCCUCAUUUAGUUCUGGGUUGUUCCUCAGUUGUUCUCAUCAUCCUUUAACCCCAACAGGUGGGAUUUUGCAUGGAGCUCCAGGUGGAGGGAGAUUUUCUUGUAUUUCUUCAAUUUUCUAAUUAAUCCAACAGUUGAUCUCUUCUCUCCAAGCUACUCACUUGUUGUAAAUUGGUUUAUUCUGGUCUUGUUCAGGUGAACAAUUUUGUCUCUGGUGUCCUUCGACAGCUCUUUGGUCUUAGUGGAGAGGUUCCAGUCUGAGUGUUUAAAGGUGUGAACAGGUGGAUUUUGUCACAAAAACAGUACAUAUGGGUGCCAUUGAUACAGGUGACAAAUAAAGAAGAGGAACAGAAUUUGUGCUUGUUUGUAGGAACUCAAUACUUAUUUUCUGCACCAUUAUGCAAAUAA